AUGAGCUACAGCCGGGAGCUGCUCUUCGCCGCGCCGUCCUCCGGCAAGAAGCCCUUCGCGGGCCGCAGCCUGGCGUACGGCUCGACGGCGGGCCGGGCGGGGGCGUCGGGGUCCGCGGGCCCCUCGGCCUUCUCGUCGUCGUAUCGGAAGCUGCCGGCGCCGAGCAGCUCGCUGGACCACCUGGAGGCGCUGCGGGGCGGCGGGGGGGCGCUGGCGUCGGGGCCGAGCGCGCUCAGCAACGAGCUGAAGAUCGUGCGCACCAACGAGAAGGAGCAGCUGCAGGGCCUCAACGACCGCUUCGUCAGCUACAUCGAGAAGGUGCACCAGCUGGAGCAGCACAACCGGCUGCUGGAGGCCGAGGUGGCGGCGCUGCGGCAGCGGCAGGCCGAGCCGUCGCGCCUGCAGGCGCUGUACGAGCAGGAGGUGCGCGAGCUGCGCUCGCAGGUGGAGGCGCUGCGCCACGACGGCGACCAGGCGGCGCUGGAGAGCCAGCAGCUGGGCCGCGCCCUCCAGCGGCUGCGCGAGCAGGCGGCCCACGAGGCGGCGCGGCGCCAGGAGGCCGAGCUGGCGCUGCGCGACGCGCGCAAGGACGCCGACCGCGCCGCCCUGGCCCGCCUGGAGCUGGAGAAGAAGGUGGAGGCGCUCCUGGACGAGAUCGCCUUCCUGCGCCACGUCCACGACGAGGAGGUGGCCGAGCUGCAGGCCGAGCUGCGGGGGGCGCAGGUGAGGCGGGCAGGGGGCGCGGCGGGGGCGGGCAGGAGGCGGCGGGGGCUCCCGGGGCGCCGUCGUCUGGUCCAGCAUCGCGCGCUCGCAGUGGCCGACCCGGAGGGCUAAAGUGGUGGAGGAGGGAAGGUGAAUGUAGUGAAAGCAGCACCCAAAAUGUCCAGCUUGAGGAGGGAAGAAGAGCCUUCUGACCUGGUCCCUCUAGUUCAGCAUCCUGUUCUGACUCACAUGCCCCUUUCGGGAAACCUGCAAGUAGGAUUUGCGCACAAGAGCCCUCUCCCCUCCUGCUGUUUCCAGAAAUUGCAGCUGUGGAGGCGGAGCAUCGCCAUCGGCGGCCCUCUCCUCCAUGACUUUGACGAAGCCUCUUUAAAAGCCAUCUAGGUUGGUGGCCAUCUCUGCCUCCUGUGGAAGAGAGUGCCCUAGUUUAGCUGUGCCCCACUGUUUAAAGAAAGACUCUUAUCUGUCUUCCAGCAUUUAACAGUUCCAGUGAAUUGUUUGACUGGGAGUGUCAGCUGAUCAGUGGAACUCACUGCUGCAGGGUGUGGUUGUGGCUGCAGGUUGAAGUGGAUUUGGAAAAGAAGUGGUGCCUUCCAGAUGUAGUGGACUAUGGCUCUCAACUAACUGUGACCAUUGGCCAUGCUGGCUGGGACUUGGGAGUCCUGGGUUAGAUACAUGGUGAACAGGGCUGUCCGCAGCUUAUUGGGAGUGGAGUUUGGAGAGCAGCAACAAGGCUUCUGAAUAUCAGUUCCUGGAAGCCACAGGAGGGAAGAGUUGCUCUUGUGCUCGGAUCCCACUGGAGCAUCUGGCUGGCCCCUGUGAGAACAGGAUGCUGGACUAGGUUGGCCUGAUCCAGCAGGCGCUUCUUACGUCCUUAUGAGACAUUUGCUCAGGCUUUGACAUCAGAUCCCUGGCUGUGGCACCUUUGCUGCCUCCUGAAGCACAUGUGACGAGCAACCAGCCUUUCUCCCAGCUCUGAGGCUGCAGGUCAGCAGAGAUCACCCCUUGCUGAGUGCCAGGUGCCCCUCCCCCGCUCCUUGGUAGUCCAGUGGCUCUGCAUGCAGAAGUCCCAGGGUCAGCUCCAGGCAGCAUCUCUGAGUAGGGCUGGAAAUAUCCCCGGAAACCUCAUCACGAAACCACACUGAGCUCAGUGGACCAAGGGCAUAGAGACUUCAUAAAGGCAGCUUCCCACUUUCCUAGGGGUGGGGGCGUUUCAGUCGCUUGGAAGCACAAAGCCUCAGAGCAGCCAAUCCGGCAAGCCCUGUUGGAAACAGGAGGGGCUAGUGGGGGCAUUCUUGACCUCUGGGAGAAAUUUAAUUCUGUUCACAGUUAAAGGUGACAUUGCACAGGUAACCGUUUCUGAAACAGGAUGCCAGCCGAAAAAUGCCAACACACCACCCAUUGAAAUUUGCACCUCUCUGAAUUUUGCCUUGCAGUUCUCUAAGUUACGUUCACCAAAAUACAUACAGUGGAGUAAAGUGUACUUAGGAAUGCAUAUAUUAGUGAGAAUCUGAGCUUAUCCGCACGGAUCUCACCUUAAGCUCCUUGGAGGGAAAACAUCAUACAGCAUGUAAUCAUAAAGCAUGAUAAUAACUGCAAUCCCAGCCACCAUCAUAAUAAAUAGAGCAGAUUCCCAGGGCCUCUCAUUAGGAAAAGUGGACCUCUUCCUGCCGCUGAGUGCCUUCCCUCUAUCUGUUCCCCUCCAGGUCUCCGUCGAGAUCGACAUGAGCAAGCCGGACCUCACGGCUGCCUUGAAAGAGAUCCGUACCCAGUACGAAGUCCUGUCCGCCCGGAACCAGCAGUCGGCUGAGGAGUGGUACAAAUCCAAGUUUGCCAACUUCACUGAAGAGGCAGCUCGCAGCAGCGACAGCAUCCGCCAGGCAAAGGAGGAGAUUUCUGAAUAUCGCCGGCAGCUGCAAGCCCGGAACAUUGAGAUCGAGUCCCUGCGCGGAGCCAACGAGUCCCUGGAGAGGCAGCUGCAGGAGGCCGAGGAGAGGAGCAGCAAAGAGAUGCGUGACUUGCAGGUGCGUCACACGGAAGCCACGGUUUGCGGAGCUAAGAGUCGUUAACAAACCGUGGUUUGGUCCUUUUCCAGCUGCCUCUUUAAGUUAACCUGCCUAACUCUCUGACUGUUGCCUUUUUUGUCGUAAAGGCCUCAAUGUUGAGUUGUGCUCCACAGAUCAGUCAGGGAACAUUUCUAAAGAUUGUUCUUGCUUCUACUUUUCUAUUGUUUUCCUUCUGCCCUUAUUUCCCCAUCUUCUCCCUGACAAUGAACUCCAUUCUCCAAGCCCUGCUCUUCCUCUGUCAAUUCUCGCUUGCUGUCCCAAAGUUCUGCACACCUUAAAAUCCACUUUUUCCAGACAGUCCCCCUGCCCACAGCUCAUGAUCACAUCCCCCCAUGCCUGUCUCUUCCAUCUUGUCCUGUUCUCUCCUCUGACAACCAGCCAGCCUCGUCUUAGCGUAUGCAGGAAGGUUAGACUACAGUUCCCAACAUCUAGUGCAGUUGGCUGAGGCUAAUGGGAUGUGUAGUCCACAGCUGGAGUCCACAGUUGGAGAGCACCUGGUUGGGGGAAGGCUGGUUUUGAUUGGCAGCACCUCGGGGAUGGGGAUCCGCCUUCCUUGUUAUGCUUUAAAGUGCUACAGGUAUCGAUGUUACGUAGAAAUUGUGAUACAUUUCAGGAGACCAUCAGCCAGCUCGAAAAUGCCCUGAGGACAACCAAGGGGGAGAUGGCCCGUCACCUGCGGGAGUACCAGGACCUGUUGAAUGUGAAGAUGGCUCUGGAUAUUGAAAUCGCAGCGUACAGGUAGGAGGGCCAUCUCCCCCUUCCUGCUCACCUGUUGUUCCAUUCUUUGGGCUGUUUGGGGUAGAAACAGAGGUUGGGCAUCAACGUUUUGGUCUCCAACAUGCAGGCCCCACCUAAACUCAUGCUAAUUUUGGGGUGGGGGUGGGGAAACCAUCCAUCAGGAACAUCCCCUGCACAAAUCAUUGAAUUAUCAAAUGGUAUAGUUGGAAGGGACCCUGAGAGUCAUCUAGUCCAACCUCCUGCAGUGCAGGAAUCUCAGCCAAAGAAUCCAUGACAGAUGGUUAGCCCACCUCUGUUUAAAAACAUCUGAUGAAGAAGAAGAGUCCACCACUACUGAACAGCUCUUACCCUCAAAAAAUUCUUCCUGAUGUUUAGUCCGAAUCUCCUUUCUUGCCAUUUGAAUCCAUUGGUUUGAGUCUUACCCUCUGGAGCAGAAGGGAACAAGCUUUCUCCAUCUCCCAUAGGACAUAUUAUUAUUGAUAUUAUUUAAAUUGAUAUACCGGCCUUUAUCUGAAGAUCCUAGGGCAGCUCACAAGAGAAAAAUACAGAAUGAGUACACAAGAUACACAAUAAAACCCAAACUAGCCAUUGACCAACCUUCCACAAACACAUUUUAAAAGCCAUAGAAUGUUAAUCAGCCCAACACCCAGUUGAAGAGGGAACAUUUUCACUGGCACCUAAAGUUGUGUAAUGCAGGCGCCAGGUGAGUGUCUCUGGGGAGAGCAUUCCACAAAUGGGGAGCCACCGCAGAAAAGGCCUGUUUUUGUGUUGCCGCCCUCCGGAAUUAUUGUGGAAGAGGCACACAAAGAAGGGCCUCAGAGGAUGAUUGCAGGGUCUGUGCCAGUCCUUAUGGAAGGAAGUGGUCCUUGAGGUAUUGCGGUCAUCUCUCCUCUCAAUCUUCUCUUCCCAACUCCUUCAACUGAUCUUGGCUUCUUUCCAGGCCUUUGAUCAUCUUGGUUGCCCUCUCCUGACUUUUCCCUUUUUUUAACCUUCUAUUUUUAAUUGUGGAACCCAAGGUAGAUAGCUGUGGUUUCUAGGUAGGUUUCUGUGCAUGCGCUGAGAAGACCCAGACCUUCUUAGCUUCAGCAAACUUGCCUGCCCUCUGGCUUCUCCCUGCCACUGUCCUUGGUGCUGCCCUUGGCAACAUGCUGCAGGGUUUAUUUCUCAAAAGUACUUGGUUGGGUUUCUACAGCAGUGGUUCCCAAGCUUUUUGGGGGCCACUGCCCCCUUGGUUCCCUAAACCCAUCCCCAGUGACCCCUACCUUAUUAAAAGCAUUAUUUCAGAAUAGCAGCUUGAACAAACCACUAAGUAAGAUUCACAGAAAAUCUAAAAACCUAGCCAGAAUUCAACAAAACUGAUGCAUUCGAUCCAGAUUUUCAAAGGCUGAUAGUCUUACACCUCCAGUGUCCCCUGUGCCACCCCCUAUCCCCUCAAACCCCCCUGGGUCAUCACACUUUCGCUGCAUGAGAAUACUCGUGUGUAGGCACCUCGUUAGAAGCUUUUGUCCAUUUAGCAGAGUUUCUGGAAACAGUGGCCAGCAAUUGAAGUUACACUCCCAGACACUGUGCAACUCAGACAAGUGAUUUAUUGCUUGACUGGUCAUAAAUGCAUCACGGUAGCACUAUUUACAAUCGUUACAGCAAUAGCUGUAACGGCACACUUAGGUUUCAGUCCCUCUUUCUCUUUAGCAAUGACGUAGGCAGACACAGCCCAUCAGCAGCCAGGAUGCAGCAGUUUGCAGACAGCAUUUGUUGGUCGGUUGUCUGCGAAAAGCUAAAACAAAAGUUCUCCUUUUAUCAGCGCUUCCAGCUGAAGCUGCGCGUGCUCAGAGUGCCACUCCUACUUAUGUACAACUGUUCUGGAAUCUUCUCCGUGUUUCUGGGUGAAUGACUCCCUGACACCUCGGCCCCACUUUGGGAACCACUGCUCUAAAGCAUCAAGUGGUGGAUCUUGAGAGAUCCGUAGUGUUGUUCUGACGUGGUUUGUGUGGUUUUGCCUCUGCAGAAAAUUGCUGGAAGGGGAAGAGACCCGCCUGAGCACCGUCAGCAGCAGCAGCAGCAGUGCCUUCGGCCUGGGCUACCCCUUCUCCUCGAGCCCCCUGGCCGGCUUCAAGGGGUUCUCAGCCAGCACAGUGGCGAUCCGGAAGGACAAGAAGGCAGAGUCCCAGGACAGCCCCAAGGAGUCCAAUGACUCGGGAGAGUCAAAGGACGAGGAUGAUUCUGGAGAUGAGAAGUCUGCAACGGGCGUGCCCAAAACCUAAAACUGUGUCCCAAAGGCAGUCCUCCCCCCCCACCCUCUCACUGAAUUUCCUCAGAAUGGGGUGAGGGUGUUGUAGGUUUUUCAGACAUGGGAUGGCUCUCAGGAUGAGUCCAUCAGGCAGGCCACGAUAACCGGACACCAGAUUACUCCUGGACAGAUCCACAUGCCUCUGGCAACUCUCUGGGAGCCAGCAUCACACAGAUCUGCCCAGAACCCAGUUGAUUAUCACAAGCAGAGGCUGUAGAGCUCUUGGGCAGAUAGCUGGACCUCUUAGCUCUCUGGCAUCACAAACCUCUGCAAGUUUACUUUGGAGUAAAUCCCACUGUGUUUGUCUGUGAGCGACACACAGAAGUCUUCCCCUGUCUGAAACACUUCCUGCAAAACAUAAUCUUCCAGAGGGAAACUUGGCAGGGGUGUGUGUGUGUGUGUUUAAGAUUAGCCUGCCCUCCAUUCCCCCCCCCUUUGUUGACCAUCUUCGGUCUUCUAAUCUGGAGGGCACCAGGUUGGGGAAGGCUCACUUAGGUUACAUUAGCAUUCCCUACUUCUCUGAGGCUGACCUGACUUCAGACAAGGUCCUUGAAUGCUGAAGUGCAGCGAUUCCCAAAUGUUUUUCAGGCCGCUGCCCCCUUGGUUCCAUAAAUUCAACCCCCACUGCCCCCUCCCCUAUGUAAAGCGUUGUUCCACAAUACUGGUUUGCAUGGCCCACUAGGGAAAAUCACUAUGUAGUUAAAUUGAUUCAACAGAACUGAUGAACUGGAUCCAGUGAGACCAGCUUUUCAAAGUCUGCUUGUCAUUUACACCUCCAGGCCCCCCCCCGCCACCCCCUUGCCUCUUAGUCGCCCCCCCCCCAGAAAUCCCACUGCCCCGGGAGGGGGGGUGAUCCUACCCACUUUGGGAACUGCUGCUCUAGAAUAUAUUUAAUACUUCCGAGUUACUCGUUUUGUGCCUCUUUCUCAUUCAAAACCUCUGACUUUAAAAGCCACAGGGCAGAUCAUUGUGGUUAUGUGAUCUCCACCCCUUUGUCUGUCUGUUUGUUCAGGUAAAGCUGCAGUCAGGAGGAGUGGCAGUCAGUUCUCAGGGGAGAACUGGCUGUUUUACUCUUUCCUUGACAGCUUCUUAUCCAUUCAAAACUGGUCUUCCUCCCCGUUCUGCUGGUGGACAAGCAGUUUAGAGUGGCUGGGUGCUGACUUACAGCUGGCAGGGAAAGGGUUAGGGUUACUCAGAUCCUUUGUGGUAGAACUGUAGAGUUGGAAAACAUCCAGUGAGCCCCUCCCCACCAAACCCCACCACCACCACCUCUGCACUUAGAGAUUCCCUGCCUGCAGUUAGAGGCACAGUGCCUUUGGGUGGGGCCGACAGGAAGCCUUCCCUCCUCACCUGUGCAUAUUGUGCUAUGGGUUAAACCACAGAGCCUAGGACUUGCUGAUCAGAAGGUCGGCAGUCCGAAUCCCCGUGACGGGGUGAGAUCCCUUUGCUCGGUCCCUGCUCCUGCCAACCUAGCAGUUUGAAAGCACGUCAAAGUGCAAGUAGAUAAAUCCGGCAGAAAGGUAAACGGCGUUUCCAUGUGCUGCUCUGGUUCGCCAGAAGCGACUUAGUCAUGCUGGCCACAUGACCCGGAAGCAGUACACCGGCUCCCUUGGCCAAUAAAGCGAGAUGAUCGCCGCAACCCCAGAGUCGGCCAUGACUGGACCUAAUGGUCAGGGGUCCCCUUUACCUUUACCUUUUUACUUGUUUGUACAGCUGCCCCAGGUGGUGCCUCUAGCCAUGGAGGGUCAGUGAAUUAAAACCCACUUCUGGGCUCUUGUUUUUUCCACAGUCUUUGCCCUUUUUAACAAUGGUCCUAGCCUUGAAGUUAUUCUCUUUACCUGUUAGACUUCCUAAGGUGUGACUGAUCUCUGACUUUCUAAUUCUUUGUUAUCUAUUUAUAAAAAAUAAAUAAAUGGGAGUUUUGGGGAAAACUGAUUCUGAAACAGAAGGUAAGUACCCAGAGGGGUAUGGAUGGCGCAGAAGAAUUGUUCCUGAGCAUCUGUAAUGCUUCUGCCUUGAUAUUCCCAUUGUUGAGUCCAGCCUGCCCAUUUAACAGGGAAAGAGCAGAGAGGCAGGAGUGUUUGUGUGCUUAAAGCCAGGCCUACAACUCCCAUGAUCCCUAGCUAGCAGGAUCAGUGGUCAGGGAUGCUGGGAAUUGUAGUCUCAAAACAUCUGGAGGGCCGAGGUUGAGGAAGCCGGGCUUAAGCUUUUCCCUGUCCACCAUUUUCCUGUGUUGCAGUUUACACACACAGUUUGAAAUGUGUUUCCCUUUGCAAGCACACGUUUGAAUGCCAUUUGUAUCUUGGCUCUAGGAAUGUACCCAUUGCAUGCUGAGCAAUUUGUAGGAAGAGUUAGUUGGGUAUUCUGAAUGUAAAGCCUGUGGUGACUGGUCCGCAAGCAACACUAGAGAGCUGCUAAAGGAGUUGAAGAAUUUAAGUCACCCAUUUUGGGUCCUUUGUAGAGAUAGGAAUUAGGCAAAGACAUUUACUGGGCAAAUGCCAUCCCUCUCAGCUGCUUGGUGGCAGGCGCAGUCUGCAAGGAACAUCUCCCAGUGGCAACUCAAAAAAGUGGGAGGCAACAAUCAAAUUGGAAUUAAACAUUCCUAUUGUAGAAUGCCAUUUAAAUGGGAAGGUGUCGGAUAUGCAAAAGCAUUUAAAUAAGAAAAGUUCGUUAUCGUUGUGCUCUACUAAAAGUUCCUGGAACUUUAUAAAACAUAGUCAUGUUGUAGAAUAAAUAGAUAAUGUUAGAAGGAUGGAUAGUCAGUCGGCCAUAACUUGCCUGUACAGUUGUACCUUGGAUCUCAAACGCAUCGGCUCCUGAACAAUCGAAACCCGGAAGUGAGUGUUGCAGUUUUUGAACGUUCUUUUGGAACCCAAACGUCUGACGAGGCUUCUGCGGCUUCCAAUUGGUUGCAGGGGCUUCUUGCAGCCAAUAAGAAACUGCACUUUGGUUUUCAAACAUUUUGGAAGUCGAAAGGACUUGCGGGAUGGAUUCCGUUCGAAUUCCAAGGUAUGACUGUAGUAGUAUCUGAAGAAGUGUGCAUGCACACAAAAGCUCAUACCAAUAGCAAACUUAGUUGGUCUCUAAGGUACUACUGGAAGGAAUUUUUUUAUUUUGUGGUAGUGAAGGUGCCACUUAAAGUUAAAUACAGUACAGUGGCAUCUUGUGUGCAUUUAACCUGCACAAUUUCAACCAUAUGCAGUUGAAAUUGCGCAAGUUAAAUCCAAGCAAAGCGGAGAGCUCAAAAGCAUUUUUUGCGCCAGGUCCUUUUGUGGUUACCCACUACGGAAAGAGCAUUUAAGCCUUGCUUGAUGAAGCCAAGAUCCAGUCAGUGCGCUAGCUCUGGGAUGCUCUUGCAAGAUCUCGCAGGGAAAUCUGAGGUCCGGUGAGAUCUUCCACGAGCAUCCCUGACCUUCCAGAAGUGGUGUGUUGAGCAGGCCUUGCCGCUUCCCCUCCCUCACGCAAGGUAGAGAUCUUAAAAGGUAACCCCAAAUGAAAAGAGCCUUUGAGCUCUCCACCUUGCUUGGGCAAGGCCUGCUCAGCGUACCCGCUCUAGGAGUCCUGCAGUUUCCCCCCCUCACCUGCCAGCUGGGGCAGCUCCAGGGGGCUGGGUAUGUGCGACCUUUGUGGUAUACACAAAACCCUUGGAACCGAAACUCUGCAUAAGAUGCGAUUGUGCUGUAAUCCCAUUGGCCGCCUGCAGUUGAUCAUGGUCUUCAUCUUAACAGCACGAAAUUAAAUGUCCCAGGUGUUCCUCUGGUUGGGCAUUUUCACCCAAGAGAUGCUCCCUACAGAUUCUGCCCCAGCUCCCUUUUGAGUGUCCGGAAAUACGCGAUGCCUGUUAGAGAAUGCAAUGCAUGUCCAGAUAGAGAGAGUUUUAAGUGUCUGUGUAUAAAUGUAGAGGAAUGCAAAUUGAAUGUAAGACAAGGAAGGUCAUACAGUCAUUUCAAAUGCUGCUUAUUUAAUCAUUGGUGUUACCUGUGCAUGAACCUACAUUCCUGUGGUGGUUAUUUAUUUAUUUAUUUAUAUAUUUAUUUUCAUUGUUUGUUUAUUUAUUUGGAAGGCAAAAAUAAAAUGGAAACGAAAAGCCCUGAUG